GAGCUUUCCUGAGUCACUGCUCACUUCUUCAGAUACAGGAUGAAUGAACUGAACUUGAGCCCUGUAGGGAUGGAGCAACUGGCAGCUUCCUCUGCGAGCAGUGCCCUGACUGUCUCGGGAAGCCACCUAGGUCUGGUGUCCUCCCCAACACACAAUGCCAUAUCAGCACCAGGAUUACCAGUUGCAAUUCCAAAUUUGGGGCCCUCUUUGCCAUCUGCAUUGUCUCUGAUGCUUCCAAUGGGCAUUGGGGACCGAGGAGUAAUGUGUGGUAUACCUGAGAGAAAUUAUACCCUACCUCCACCGCCUUACCCUCACCUUGAAAGCAGCUACUUCAGACACAUUCUACCUGGUAUUUUAUCUUACUUGGCUGACAGACCUCCACCUCAGUAUAUCCAUCCCAACAGUAUAAAUGUUGAUAGCAAUGCAGCUUUAUCCGUCUCCACCAACCCCUCUGGCUUGGAUCCCUACCAGUCCAGUGGAACUGUAGGUCUUGAAUCAGGCAUUGUCUCCAUGGAUUCCCGCUCGGUGAAUGCACAUAACACUCAGAGCUUGCAUCCCAGCGACAGCCAUGAGGUAGUUCUGGACACAACAAUCACCAUGGAAAGUGUCUCAAGGGUUACUAGUCCCAUCUCUACUGACAGGAUGGCUGAGGAACUUACAAUAGGUGAUGUAGCUGGGGAUCAUUCACAGAUUGCAACUGGCAACCGGAAUCAUGAGCCCUUAGCUGUGGACGCUGUUGGCAGCAGCUUAGCUGCAGAUGCUGUGGGGCACAACGGUGUCAUCCCCAUUCAUGGUAGCAGUUUGGAACUUCCUGUUGUUAUGGAGCCUGAUCAUAUUGCAGGCCGUGUCAGUGGAAUAUCUGACAGAACGCUCAGUGACUCUAUUCAUACCGUUGCCAUGAGCAGCAAUUCUGUGAGUGUUGCACUUUCUACCUCACACAACCUCACAUCCCUGGAAUCUGUCUCCUUACAUGAAGUGGGUCUGAGCUUGGAACCCGUGACAGUAUCCUCCAUAAGCCAGGACGUAGCCAUGGGUCAAGACCAUGUGGAUGUCUCUCCUGACAAUCUUGCCUUUGUACCAUCAUCACUGCAGAUAGAAGACUCAAAUUCAAACAAAGAAAACAUGGCUACCUUGUUUACCAUAUGGUGCACACUCUGUGACAAAGCAUACCCAUCAGAUUGCCCAGAUCAUGGGCCUGUGACCUUUGUUUCAGACACUCCAAUAGAGAGCCGAGCCAGGCUUUCUGUCCCGAAACAGCUUGUUAUCCGGCAGUCUAUCAUGGGAGCUGAAGCUGGUGUGUGGGCUCAGGAAACCCUUCCUGUGCGGACUUGCUUCGGACCACUCAUUGGGCAGCAGAGUCACUCCAUGGAGGUGGCUGAUUGGACAGAUAAAGCAGCAAAUCACAUUUGGAAGAUAUAUCACAACAGCGUUCUAGAGUUCUACAUCAUCACAACUGAUGAGAACGAAUGUAACUGGAUGAUGUUUGUGCGAAAAGCCAGGAACCGGGAAGAGCAGAAUCUGGUGGCUUACCCCCAUGACGGAAAAAUUUACUUCUGCACCUCACGUGAUAUCCCUCCAGACCAUGAGCUCCUUUUUUACUACAGUCGAGAUUACGCCCGACAGAUUGGUGUUCCUGAGCACCCUGAUGUACACACUUGCCACUGUGGAAAAGAAUGCGCUUCCUACGCUGAGUUCAAGGCUCACCUGACCAGUCAUAUCCACAGCCACCUGGCCAGUCAGGGACAUACCAGCGGCCAGGGACCAGGCCACAGCAAGGAAAGGAAGUGGAAAUGCUCCAUGUGUCCUCAAGCUUUCAUUUCUCCUUCUAAGCUUCAUGUCCACUUCAUGGGGCACAUGGGCAUGAAGCCACACAAGUGCGAUUUCUGUAGCAAAGCAUUCAGUGACCCCAGUAAUCUCCGAACUCACCUUAAAAUACAUACAGGUCAGAAGAAUUAUCGCUGUGCUCUUUGUGAAAAGUCAUUUACUCAGAAGGCCCACUUGGAGUCACACAUGGUUAUUCACACUGGGGAGAAAAAUCUGAAGUGUGAUUACUGUGAUAAACUGUUCAUGCGACGGCAGGAUCUCAAGCAGCAUGUGCUCACCCAUACACAAGAACGUCAGAUCAAGUGUCCCCAGUGUGAAAAGCUGUUCUUAAGGACAAACCACCUGAAAAAACACUUGAACUCUCAUGAAGGAAAGCGGGACUAUGUCUGUGAAAAAUGUUCCAAGGCUUAUUUGACAAAAUAUCACCUAACUCGCCACCUAAAAAUCUGCAAAGGACCCACUUCCAGUCUCUCAGCCCAGGAAGAGGAUGAUUCGGAGGAGGAAGAAUUGAUGAUAAACUCUGUGAGGAGUGAGAACUGUAGGCUCAACAGCAGUGUGUUUGUGACAAAUGAUGCACUCCCUUGUCAUGAGUAAGAAAUGGAGGCCAU